UCAAUAUUUAAUGCCCGGAGAUUCUGGCUCUGCAGGAGUCAUGUCAGGGGACCUCUCGAGCCAAUCUGCUUGGGUAGAGGAGUGAUAAUUAUUCAUGGGCUCCUGCCUCUUGCUCCUUCUCUUGCACAGCCCCACUCUGCUGACUCAGUGCCUUAUUCAGUCUUCUCUCCCUCUCUCCACUGCUGUAGCUGGACCCUUUUGCCUUCAGCGCCACUGAGAGCUGCACAUCCCAGCAUGGCUAAAACAGCAAUGGCUUACAAGGAAAAGAUGAAGGAGCUGUCCAUGCUCUCGCUGAUCUGCUCCUGUUUUUACCCAGAACCUCGCAACAUGAACAUCUAUAAAUAUGAUGACAUGGAAGUGAAACAAAUCAACAAACGUGCCUCUGGCCAGGCAUUUGAACUGAUCCUAAAGCCACCAUCUCCAGUCUCAGAAGCACCACGAACUUUAGCUUCUCCAAAGAAGAAAGAGCUCUCUCUUGAGGAGAUCCAGAAAAAGCUGGAGGCCGCAGAGGAGAGGAGAAAGUCCCAGGAGGCCCAGGUGCUGAAACAUCUGGCAGAGAAGAGAGAACAUGAGCGAGAAGUGCUUCAAAAAGCUUUGGAGGAGAACAAUAACUUCAGCAAAAUGGCAGAGGAAAAGCUGAUACUGAAAAUGGAACAGAUCAAAGAAAACCGUGAAGCUAAUUUAGCUGCUCUUAUUGAACGCCUCCAAGAGAAGGAGAGGCAUGCUGCAGAGGUCCGUAGAAACAAGGAGCUCCAGGUGGAACUGUCUGGCUGAAAACAGCAAUGGUGGAUGUGACCCAUCCCCACCAUUAGUAAACUCCCCCUGCCUAUAUUAUUAUGGAUCAUGCGAUAUAAGUAUGGGAAAUGUAUGACGUGGUUUAAAAAAAAAAAAGUAAAAAUCAAGAACUCAAUAAAAAACCUUAAAAAAAGAAACAAAAAAAAAUAAAAACACAAACAAUGCGGUCUCUUUGCAGAAUGAUUUGCUUGAUGUUUAAAAACUUGGAUCUUAUUUUGUAAAUACUUACAUUUUUGUUAAAAAAUACAAUUAUUGCAUUAUGCAAGUUAUUUCAUAAUCUUACAUGUCCUGUAACAGGCUUCUGAUGUUGUCUAUUUCCACUCGGUUGAAUUUGCUGGGUCUGUUCAUUUGAAGCACCUCACGUCUAAUUCCAUUCCCUGCGACUUCUCAUUCCAACCCUCCAUGAGGUCAGUAGUAGUUCUAUGGUGCUAGAGACCAGUCAUUGCCUAACAACCUAGGCUGCUUUGCCAUCAAUAAGCUUUCUUGAAACAGUGACUAAUCACAGGUAUUGUGACUUCACGUUCAGCUGUCCAAGACAAAAGGCUCUCAAAAUGAUUUUUCAAAUGCAACUUAUGCUGCACUCUGUACUGUGCUGUACAAUUGAGGUAGAAUUGCCACAUGGAGUGUUUGUUGCUUCUGCUUUUUGAGGUGAGAAGCAGCAAAAACAGCUGUGCAACAGAAUAAAAUCAAGCAGGAUCAGUUAGAGACAAAUUUAAGAGGCACAUUGUAACCAUCGAGCUAUGACAAAUUUUGGAUGAUGCCAAACAGCCAUACAAAUGCUAAUUGUGAAGUGAGCUUAAUUCACCUCUUGAAAAUUUAUUGAUGGAGCAACUAAUAGAUAGCAUCAAGUGGCUUUAUCUGUAGGUGCCAUGAUCUAUGAUACUUAUCUGAUGCUACAACAUUACAUGUGUAAUAGUACAAGAGGCUACAGAAUAUUUCACCUGGAACCCAUGAGCCAGUUGUUACCUUUUUUUUAAUGACACUGCUGACUUCCAUCCAUCAUGACCUUUACUCUUCAGUGUUAGCCAACCCUACCUAGUGACAGACAUCUAGGACUAAGAGGGCUGAAGCAGGAGGAAUGACUAGACAGGGUGCUUGUGCCAAGUACAAUAUCACCAAACCCAACACAUCAUCCCCAAAAUAGCCGCAGUUUUGAAGUUGUCCCUACCCCCCUGGAGGUUGCUGCCUGCAUAUUCUACUCUUCAUUAGUGCUAUUUUCCUGUAUGUCAUUGUGAGCAAGCUGUGAUUAAUAAAGAAUUGGGGUUCUGUGAACUGAAAAA